AUGAUUACCGUGCUCUGCUCGAAUAAGGUUUUAAGGGACUUGGCCGAACCCGUCCGUUGGUCAGUUCAUGUAACUUCAGGGUCGGCUCCUCAUCAGGCUUGUCUGAUGGGUUUGCAUAAUCUGGUUACUUACAGUCCAGAAAGACAGGGGUCGAUAACGACUGGGAAAUGUAUCGAAAUUUGCGCUGUCACGGUGCGUCCCAGAGGAGUGAAUCACCCGGGAAGCUUAUUUUCUUGGUUUGACCCCAACUUGGACGGUCGGGAGGAAUCGAAAAUGACUAGAAUGUCCGCCGAGAAGAGAGAUCCCGAUAUGACACCUUGGCGGGGUUUCGAUACCUCAUGCUGCUCGUUAAUCUCUUACUUCGACAGCUUCAACCGUAUUCGACAGUAUUCGACCGUAUUCGACGCCGUUCUUGAACUGUAUUUCGACCGUCUUCAACUGUUUUCGACCAUCGUCAACUGUGUUCGACCGUCCUCGACCGUCCUCGGCAGCCUUUUUCAAUUGUCGGUCGAAUUUAACGUGCAGUUUUCCUGGCCGCAGCAACGGGAACCCGGAAGCCUAUAG